AUGGGUCCGCCACCGCGCGCGGGCUUUGAGCCUUUCCCCGUUGAUCUUGAUAUCGAUGAAAUCGUGGAAGCCACGCCAAACUUUAGCUACGCACCACGAAUUCUGUGUGACUCCAUCAAUGCGCACUCCAAACAUGUUUUUGAAGAGCUUAUACGCUUGAAUGUGGUUAUGAAAGGUAUCCCUUUAGUUAUUGAGGGGUAUGAUUCACACCUUAACGCGCACUUGUUCUCCCGACUCUUUCUUCAGAGGUGCGACCGGAAGUGGCAAGAAAGCUUAAAGAGCCUCCUCCCGCCGUCCUUGUUCUACAUGAACGAUGGACCUCACAUGUACUCAGGUCCCGGGUCUCGCCCAGUUCCAGGUCCAGACACUCCAACAUACCUCGAGACGCAGGGUCAAGAUGGAAAGCCUGGCAAGCUAAUCGCCAGAUCAGGCGAUUUGAUGAGUUGUCUCCCGGAAGAAAUGCGCGCGCAGAAUCUCAUGUGCUACAUUGGCCAUGAAGGCACUUACACCCCAGCGCACCAAGAGAUGUGUGCUAGUCUUGGUCAUAAUAUCAUGGUGGAGGCGUCAAAUGGCAACAUGGAAAAUGGUGAAGCAACAAAGCCAGGAUCCUCAAUUUGGUUGAUGACCGAAACGAAGGAGCGACAAGUUGUCUCCGAGUACUGGAGCUCCAUGUUAGGGCACAACCUUGACAUUGAGGACCAUUUUGCGCAAAUGAAGGCAUGGCAGGCGGCUCCUUUCAAGACGUACGUUGUGAACCAGAGACCAGGAGACCUUAUCCUGGUCCCACCAUUGGCAGCCCAUCAGGUCUGGAACCGUGGCACUCGAACCAUGAAAGUGGCAUGGAAUAGAACCACUGUUGAGACGUUGAAGAUGGCGCUGGACGAUGCACUUCCGAGUGCACGAAUGAUUUGCCGUGACGAACAGUACAAGAACAAGGCAAUCAUUUACUAUGCACUCAAUCAUUAUUCCCAACUUCUCAAAAACAAGGCCCCAGUGCAGAAUACUGAAGUCCAUAAUCUUUGGAAAGACUUUGAGAACCUAUUCUCUCUCUACACUGAUAUUCUACUGUCUGAGAGUCUUUCCCCCGCUCUCGAGCCAACCAAAGAGAACAUUGAACUGAUCAAGUUUGAGGGCAAUGUGGUUUGCUCCUACUGCCGCUGCAAUAUUUUCAAUCGUUUCCUUACCUGCCCUUCCUGUCCCGUGGGAGAUGAUGAUAACUAUGAUAUCUGCCUGGACUGCUACGUGCUAGGCAGAAGUUGCAAAUGUAUUUCUGGGUUCAGAUGGGUAGAGCAGUUUCCAUGGGAGGAGCUUCGAAGCAAGCACGAGUCCUGGCGCAACCAAAUCAUUGGGAUGACCAAUAACAGUGACAACAAAUUACGCAAGGACCAGCAUCUUCCUUUACUAUCUGCACGCUCCAAGCUCAAGUGGAAUCCCAUUGCAGAGAUUUGCCAGAGACAGCUGAAAAUCCGACCAUGGGUUGAUAUUAAAGCCCUAGAGUCAUCGCCUAAGGACAAACCCAAGUCCAUCAGCCCUAGCGGUGAUGCCAGUGACGACGAUGGACCCCAGCCUCGGAAGCGACGAAAGCUUCGAAAUGGAAAAAAGGAAGAGGGGAUGGACUCUUGCCACAUGUGCCGAAACACCAUCCCCUUUUGGAAGUUAGCAGCAUGUUCAGGGUGCAAUUUGAAGUACUGCUAUGCUAUCUUGUUCUGCGCAUUUGAUAUCCAGCCAGAGGAGGCAAUGGGCCAGUCACACUGGCUGUGUCCGCGCUGCCAUAAGCGGUGCAACUGUACGCCUUGCCAGCGAGAUCCCGCGAUGAAGCCACAUGAGCCCAAGCAUAUUAUGCUUGGCCAUGAUACCCGAAAGAUUGCAGAUCCGCGAAGUGUGGAAUCCCUGGUAAACCUACGCAUGUCGAACUGGAGAUGGAUUCCCAAUUUGGAGGAGAACAGCAUGCGUCGUUUGGAGCAACAACUUGCAGACAUUGAAAUGAAGCGAGUGGAGACCUGGAAAGAGAAUGAGAAUUUCAUGAGUCAGCCAUCCUCGGGGAUGGGUGACCACGGGGAAGAAGGAGGGGUGGACCAACAAGAACAGCAGACGACACAGAUGAUAUUCCAGUUGACCCUUCCCUUCUCACCCUUCCAUACACCGGCCCGGUAG